AUGGACAAGUCAGUGCUGAUAAAGAGGCAGUCUUUCAAGUCGGGGGUCGAGAGUGCUCUGCAUGCAAGAGACCAGACAGGUGUGCAGGACUUUGUACUACUGGAGGACUACACUAAUGUGGAAGCUUUCUUGGACAACCUCAAGAAACGUUUCAAAGCAGACCUCAUCUAUACGUACAUUGGUUCAGUGGCAGUGUCGAUGAACCCGUACAAGCAGUUGGGCAUCUACAGCACGGACCUGAUGGAGGAGUACAAAGGAGUCAACUUCUACGAACUGCCACCACACAUUUUUGCAAUAGCGGACAAUGCGUACCGUGCGAUGAAGUAUGAAGGACGUGACCAGUGUGUACUCAUCUCUGGGGAGAGUGGGGCCGGCAAAACAGAGGCGUCCAAGUUCAUGCUCAAGUAUAUAGCUCAGUGCAGUGGUCAUGCUGGAGACGUGGAUCGUGUGAGGAACAGACUGCUGCAGUCCAACCCAGUGCUGGAGGCAUUCGGGAACGCUCGUACUAGUAGGAACGACAACUCCAGCAGGUUUGGCAAGUACAUGGAUAUUGAGUUCGACUUCAGGGGAGCACCGGUGGGCGGUCACAUCAAAAACUACCUCCUGGAGAAAUCACGAGUGGUAUGCCACUCUGAGGGUGAGAGGAACUUCCACAUCUUCUACCAGUUGCUAGCUAGCAGGGACCAGAAGCUGCUGUCUGAGUUGGAGCUCUCUAGUAACCCCAAGGAGUACCUCUUCCUCAGCCAGGGAAACUCCACCCACGUGAGGAGCAUCAACGACACUGAUGAAUUCACGACCGUACGAAAGGCUCUCAAAAUAUUGGGCUUCACCCAAGAAGAAUCGAUGAGCCUGUGGCACGUAGUGAGUGCUAUCCUCCACCUGGGACAGGUGCAGCACACUGCUCGCUCUGAUGGACACGCCUCCAUUGACCCAGCCUUCAUCAAGCCAAUCUCACAACUGCUGCUCAUCUCCAAGGAGAACGUUGACCUCGCUCUCACCCAUCGCUCCAUUGAGACCAUCAGAGAGAAGUUCAUGUCCCCCCUCACUGUGGAGCAGGCCGUGUAUGCGCGAGAUGCCUUUGCCAAGGCAACCUACUCACGCCUCUUCACCUGGCUUGUCAAGAGGCUCAACUCAUCUCUACAGGAGAGCAAGCAAAAAGACUCCCGUCGAAAUGUUAUGGGCCUUCUCGACAUUUACGGGUUCGAGAUCUUUGGAUUGAAUGGUUUUGAGCAGUUCUGCAUCAACUACUGCAACGAGAAACUGCAACAGCUGUUCAUCGAGCUCACACUGCGCUCAGAGCAGGAAGAAUACCGGAGUGAGGGGAUUGAGUGGGAGCCUGUGGAAUACUUUGACAACAAGAUCAUCUGCGAUCUGGUGGAAGAGAAGCACAAGGGCAUCAUGUCCAUUCUAGACGAGGAGUGCGUACGCCCUGGGGACGCUACCGACGACACAUUCCUCGAGAAACUAGUGACGUCAAUCGGAGAGCACAAGCACUUCAUCACUCACCAGAUGCUCGACUACGAAGGGAGGAAGACGAUCGAGCGGAAUCAGUUUCGAUUGCUUCACUACGCGGGGGAGGUGACCUACACCACUGUCGGGUUUAUUGACAAAAACAACGACAUGCUCUAUCGAAGCUUAAAGGAGGCGGCUAACAUGAGUGCCGAUCCCAUCGUCAGGGAGAUGUUUCCAGAGAGCGAGCUGCUCUCUCAGAAGAGACCCCCCACAGCUGGUACUCAGUUUAAGGACAGCCUGUCAGAGUUGAUGAAGAUCCUUCACUCCAAAGAGCCCUCCUAUGUCCGUUGUAUCAAGCCUAACGACAGCAAGAUGCCCAACAAGUUUGAUGACAAGAUCAUUCGUCACCAGGUCCAAUACCUCGGCCUCAUGGAGAACCUGCGAGUGAGGAGGGCAGGGUUCUGUUAUCGCCGAACCUUUGAGGUGUUUCUAAAACGUUACAAGUGUCUGUGCCCGGCUACCUGGCCUGAGUGGAAUGGGCCUCCCAAGCAAGGGGUGGAGUCUCUGUGUCAGCACCUCGGCUACACCUCCGACCAGUACAAGACAGGACGUACAAAGCUGUUCAUUAGGUUCCCAGAAACCCUCUUCAAAACUGAGGACCUCUACCAACAGAAGAAGCAUGACCUAGCCACUAUUAUCUCUGCCAAGUGGAAGAUGUACGUCAACCGUAAGAAGUACCAACAGCUGCGAUGGGCCUCCACGGUGUUUGCCACCAACUGGAAGAGACUACAGGUCCAGCGCUACGUGGCCAAGUACAAGAAGGCCGUGUUUGUGGUCCGAAAGUUCAUCAUAGGGUUCAUGAACAGAAGCAAACCAAAGUGCGAAGAGAACAUCUAUUUCCUUGACUUUGUGCGAGUGAACUACCUGAUGAAGUUGUCCCGCUCGCUGCCCUCCAGCCUUGUGGCGUACGAUGAGAAAUGGCCCGGAACUCGUAGUCAAGCGAUGAUGGAAGCAGACCAACAUCUCAAGGCUAUGUACCGACUGCAUCGUACCAGAAACUUCAUGAGGAAGCUAACUAAAGAAGACAGGACUCAGUACACGCUCAAGUUGGCGGCCAGUGACUUGUUCAGAGGCAAGAAGGAAACCUACCCAGCCAGCGUGGCCAGGCCCUACCUCAACACCCAUCUCUCUCGUGAAGAUAUGCGUUUGAAGGAAACCCACUUUGAUGUCAAGGUGCCCAGUCCAGGGAAGCUCAAGUUUUCUCUGCGAGUUGUCAAGUACGACAGACACGGAUACAAGGCCAGGACAAGAGCUGUCAUCAUCACUGAGACGAACUGCUUCUUUCUUGAUACCAGCAAUUUCAAAGUGAAGGAACAGUUUCCCCUCAGUGACAUUUCCGCUAUCUCUGUUAGCAGCCUGAGUGAUGGAGUGAUGGUCAUCGGACUACCCACGGAGGGACCCAAUGCAAGAGGUGACCUCAUUAUCAAGACUGAGCAGGUGAUUGAGCUCGUCACUAAACUGGCUCUGUUUGGAGGGAAACUAGAUACUGUCAAGAUUGUCUCCACGGGAACUAUUGUCCACCACAUGCCAGAGCACAAGACUGGCACCAUCACAUUCCAGAAAGGAGACUUUGAAUUUGCUGGUAAAGGGAAGACAGGAAACAUGGAAGUGAUCUCCCCCACACUGUCCUCACCUUCACCAAGCCGGUGACAUUUAGAGAACACAAUCUUCAUAGUGCGUAUAGAGGACUCGUGUUAAUUAAUUUGUUGUCAAUGAUUAAUUAAUUUUGUGCGUUUAGUUUUCAUUUUCGUAGCUAGUCUAGUAAUACAUGAAAGAUUUUUAUAACUACCAUUCUUGUAAAAAUUAUAACAACAUUAAUAAUUAUUGUUAUUUAGUCGAGGGCGUUGUGUGAUUGAAGUAAAACUAAAUUAAUGUAUGUCCAUGUCUGGCCGGCCGGCUAGCUCGAGGUCUGGGUUUGUAGAAAGAAAGGUAUAUUGGCAUCAAGACGACCCCGGGCCGUAGCUCUGACGGCUCAGUGAGCUGAAGUGUCGAUUGAUAGAGAGGGGGAGCCACUGCUCUCGAUCUCCAAGAGGAUAGCUGACAAGAAUCAAGCCACUGAGCGGAAGCUAGGUAUGAUCUUUGGGGUGACCAUUCCGUGCUGUCUUUCCAUCUUUUCUGUCAUCAUCUUCCUGAGGCUUGGCUUUGUCUUGGGACAGGCUGGCUUCUGGGAGACCAUAGCGAUGCUCAUCCUAGGCUACCUGGUGGUCAUGCUCACCGUGCUCUCCAUCUCUGCCAUAGCAACCAGUGCCACCGUUGAGGGUGGAGGAGUUUACUAGCCCUUGGUCUGGAGUUCAGUGGUUCUGUUGGUAUCAUCUUCUUCGUUGCCAACAUAUUUGCCUCAGCUGCCUACAUCAUCGAUAUUCCAAAACCGGUGCAGAAACAAUGGUUCGGACUAAACCUAUCUGCCACUGUGCGGUGUGGACUUUCUUCCACGCCUGGCGAUUACUGGUGGUUGCAUGGGGACGGACAUUAAGUUAUAGUUGUGACACAUGCACAGUGCCACAUGGGAUAUAUUGGCUCAGUAGUGACUUAGGCCGAGGGCCGCAGGCCUCGAGGGAAAAGGCACUACCGAGCCAAUAUAUCCAAUGUGCCACAAGUGAGCUGUGUACACAUCACUCCUUUUAUAGGACAACUAGUUUCAACUACUUGUGGUGGCUGUGGAAUGCACCAGACGCAUGAAAAACGUUUUCUGCCUACCACUGAAUCUGUUUAACAGUGUUAUACUAUAAAAUGGACUGUUUCCCGUUACUGGGUGGAGGGUGGGCUUUAGGUAACUUCAGCCAUACUAUGCCAGUAUCUAGAUAUUGGCACAGUUCAAGGACUUCAGCCAUACUAUGCCAGUAUCUAGAUAUUGGCACAGUCAUACUAUGCCAGUAUCUAGAUAUUGGCACAGUUCAAGGACUUCAGCCAUACUAUGCCAGUAUCUAGAUAUUGGCACAGUUCAAGGACUUCAGCCAUACUAUGCCAGUAUCUAGAUAUUGGCACAGUUCAAGGACUUCAGCCAUAAUGCCAGUAUCUAGAUAUUGGCACAGUUCAAGGCUUGACCUGUGCCAUAUGGCAGAUAUUGGCACAGUGUUUCCAUUGAUCUGCCCACUCAAAAUGCAACAAUAACCCAUUAUCCUUCAGGCGUCAUGGCACUGGAAAUAACGACUGUAUGGAUGGCUCUGUUUGUACCUUGCCGUACUCCAAUUUCAACUUAGAUCCAAACACCUACCUCUGCUGUACUGAAAAUGGAGCUAGCAGUAUUGUGAAUGCCCAAUCUGUUGAUUGUCAAGAGAUUGCAGAUGAUUGUGGUCUCCCUGGCAAUUACUGGUUCAACUUCUUGUACAGGACGGCUGUUCUCUUCUUCUGUCUAAUAGUGUGUCUUAUUGGAGCAGUCUAACGUACUAUACUAUUGACUACACUAAUCAAGGCUCUGGAGUCUUGCAAUUGUUCUGUUAGCUCGUGAAGACAUGUGUUUGAAGGAGACCCACUUUGAUGUCAAGGUGCCCAGUCCAGGGAAGCUCAAGUUUUCUCUGCGAGUUGUCAAGUACGACAGACACGGAUACAAGGCCAGGACAAGAGCUGUCAUCAUCACUGAUAUGACAGAAUAACUGCUUCUAUCUUGAUACCAGCAAUUUCAAAGUGAAGGAGCAGUUUCCCCUCAGUGACAUUUCCGCUAUCUCUGUUAGCAGCCUGAGUGAUGGAGUGGUGGUCAUCGGACUACCCACGGAGGGACCCAAUGCAAGAGGUGACCUCAUUAUCAAGACUGAGCAGGUGAUUGAGCUUGUCACUAAACUGGCUCUGUUCGGAGGGAAACUGGAUACUGUCAAAAUUGUCUCCACGGGAACUAUUGUCCACCACAUAUAUAAUAUCUAUUCCAGAAAGGAGACUUUGAAUUUGCUGGUAAAGGGAAGACAGGAAACAUGGAAGUGAUCUCCCCCACACUGUCCUCACCUUCACCAAGCCGGUGACAUUUAGAGAACACAAUCUUCAUAGUGCGUAUAGAGGACUCGUGUUAAUUAAUUUGUUGUCAAUGAUUAAUUAAUUUUGUGCGUUUAGUUUUCAUUUUCGUAGCUAGUCUAGUAAUACAUGAAAGAUUUUUAUAACUACCAUUCUUGUAAAAAUUAUAACAACAUUAAUAAUUAUUGUUAUUUAGUCGA